GAUGUGCGACAGUCGGGACGAGUGAUCUCAAACCUGUUGGAGAUGGCAGCAGGUGGAGAAGCGGACUACCCUCAGUUUGCUCUGGGGAAACCACGUUUUGACCAGUCUACUUUUUAUGGACGCUUCCGACAUUUCCUGGAUAUCAUUGAUCCGCGGACUCUGUUUGUCUCUGAGAGUCAACUUAAAGCAGCAGUGCAGCUCCUAGAAGAUUAUAAACAUGGUACUUUACCCAGAGGGGUCUCAAACCAGCAGCUUUGGGAGGCACAGAAGGUUCGACAGGCAAUUUUGCAUCCAGACACCAAUGAGAAGAUUUUGAUGCCGUUCAGGAUGUCGGGCUACAUUCCUUUUGGGACCCCAAUUGUGGUUGGCCUUCUCCUCCCUCAGCAGACAUUGGGAACUACUGUUUUCUGGCAGUGGUUGAACCAGAGUCACAAUGCCUGUGUGAACUAUGCAAACAGAAAUGCAACAAAGCCAACGCCUGUGUCUAAAUUCAUCUUGGGAUACCUCGGAGCAGUCACCAGCGCAGUCUCAAUAGCAGUAGGCCUGAAUCUUUUCAUCAAGAGAGCCAACAGAUUUAACCCUGCAACCCGCUCACUCAUCCAGCGGUUUGUGCCAUUUCCUGCUGUAGCAGCUGCAAAUGUCUGCAAUGUGGUGCUGAUGAGACACAGUGAGCUAGAGGAAGGGAUCUCCGUGUUGGACAUGGAUGGAAAUGUAAUUGGAACAUCCAGGAUUGCUGCCAGACAGGCACUACUGGAGACUGCCAUGACUAGAAUAGUCCUCCCUAUCCCUAUCUUGGUGCUGCCCCCGAUUAUUAUGUCACUACUGGAAAAAACAUGGAUACUCAAGCGACAUCCAAGAUUGACACUCCCUAUGCAUAGUCUUGUGUGCCUGGCCGCAUUUGGAUUUGCACUGCCUGUUGCCAUCAGCCUCUUCCCGCAAAUGUCAGAGAUUGAAACUUCAAAACUGGAGCCAGAAAUCAAGUUGGCAGCAUCCAGCAAGAGUGUCUUUUAUAAUAAGGGGCUGUAAUAUUUCAAGCAGCAGGACCUGCUCAAUAAAUUAGGUGAAAAUUUCUUCAUGAUCAAUGAUCGGUGACAAUGGGGAAAUGCUUAUGGAAGAUGCUUCUUACCUGAUUAACCAAAUUACUGCAUAUUUGAAAAUCAAGUAAAGCCAGCGAUUACUGACUGUCUCAUACCAGAAUCAAGUUUCAAAAUGGAAUGAUCGCUCCACUGACUCAGGGUGUGAAUGUUCUGUCCAGUGUAGUUAACACCAUGCUAAUGCCGUGAGGUCAAGCACUUCAUAAGAACAGAGAAAAUGGAAAACCUGGUCUGCCAUUCAACAGGAAUAGAGUUGUUCGUCUACUUCAACUCCACCUUUCUCCACUAUCUCCAAAUCUCUUUAUUCCAUCAGUAACUGGACUUCUGCCAAGCUGACUCUGAGACAUCCAUCCCACCUCAGACUGACACUGGAGGAGUUAUUCAUUUCUUCAGGUUUUUUUUUUCUCUAAACCAUUGUAAGGGAUGUAUCAACUGUGUCUCUGCUGGUUCGCAUCACUAUUCAGCAAGUGGGAGUUGGUUAGCUCAGUUGCUUGGAUGGCUGGUUUGCGAUAAGUGUUAUACCAAGAGCAUGGGCUUAUGCCCACCCUGAACGAAGUUUCUGCCUUCUCAACCUUACCCCUCACCUGGGGUAUGGUGACCCUCAGGUUAAUCUCACCACCAGUGUCUCUCUGUAAUGAAAGAGCUAACCUCUGGGACAACUGCUCUUCAACAAGCCUGCACCUAAAAGCUAGAGAUACAACUGACCAACCUCACAACUAAUAUAAUGUGAAUUCAUCCACUUCACUCUGAGAAGAACAAUAAAUAAAUUCUGUUUCUAAAAAGAGAAGAACUGAUAUUAUUUGAGCAGCAUCUCUAGCUAUAGUGGAAAUGAAGACAACCUCCUUAGCCACAAAGCCAUAAUAUUAGCCAUGACUUGUGAAUGCCUUGAUUUAGCCUCAGUAACAGUGAAUGAUGCAGUGGCACUAAAUUAGUUAAAUUAACAUUGAAUAGAUUUAACAUUGAACAAUGAUUAUAAAUUAUUUGAAUGUCUUAGAGAGUGUAAUUGUCUUUGACAAUUUCCAAACAACGCUUGCACAAACACAUCUCUGAGUGCUUUUAUUUUGGGAUUGGUGUGGUAUUCAGACAUCGAAAUGCAGGGUCUCAACAAGCAGAUAGUAAACCUAAAUAAAGGCUAAAUUAGCCAAGUUCAAUUGGCAAACAGAUUCCACACACUGACAACCAACAGCACAACACCACAGUAUAACCGCUUUGAUACAAUCCAUGAUUUCUCAGAAUUGAUUCACUGUAUAACUGUAAUUGAGAGCGUUGAU